AUGAAAAGUUCUUCAUCAAAUAGUGGCUGGUUUAGUAGUGAAGGUGGAGAUGAAUUUAGUGGCGAAACAGAAGAUGCUUUUUUCAGUUUGUCUUCUGGUUAUUUUUCCGACUCUUUUCGCCGUAAAACAGCUAGUAAAAGAUACAAUCAAAAGAGUUGGGAAAUGAGUCGUUGCUCUUCUGAAUUAUCAACGAAUUCUAUUUCAACAGCAACGAGCGAAAAGAAGGUAAAUCGACGAGUUGGGUCAAACUUGAGCGAGUCAAAAUGGGUCAAAUCAAUAAACCGGCUUGAGUUUCCCACCUCGAAAACAGAACAAAACAGAGGGAAAAUCAGACAGACAAGAUCCGGCGGAAGAACACGCCGGAAAACCAGCCCGGUGGAGAAGUUUGAUUAUUACAGUGACUCGACUAGUGAUAAUACUCGUCGGAAAACUACCAAGUGUCGCCGGAAAACAGGGAGGAACCACCGGAAAAUCAAGAAGAUGAGUAUAAUUAGCUCUGAUAAAAUUGGUCAGUUUUCAAUUGUUAUUGACGGGAGAAAUGAAGAGAGCAUUGCAGUGGAGAAGAAUACAAGUGAUCCAUACAAUGAUUUCAGGACAUCAAUGGUGGAAAUGAUAGUAGAGAAACAAAUCUUUGGAGUUGACGAUCUUCAAAGGCUUUUGCAUUGUUUUCUAUCACUGAAUUCACCAUCUUACCAUAAGAUUAUUUUUGACGUUUUCUCAGAGAUUUGUGAAACUUUAUUCACUAACUGGUAG